UGCCCACCCUCAUACGCAUGCGGCGGCGGCACAAGCCUUAUAACCGCAACGGGCAACUUCACCGCGCUCUUCACACCAGGAACCAGCGCAUUCUCAUCGUAUAGAACCCAAUGCCAACUCCGGGAAUCGUCGUCGUCGAGCUCAAACUCCGCGGCGCAUUUCUGUUCGUCGACGAAGACUUCGAGGCGUACGGCUAGGGCGUCGUUGAGCGCCAUCGGAUUGUCGUAGGGGAAGGGGACUGUGCGCGUUGGUAGUGUGAGGGUUGUAUCGGGGCCCGGGGGUGGGAUGCGGGUUGUCGUGAAUUUUGCAGUUGCGAGGAGGGGGUUUGAGGAGGGCAUUUUGUGGGAUGGCUUUUGUGCGAGGAUCUAUGUUCAGUGGCUCUUUUUGUAGUUCAAAACAGGGGAAUGGGAGAAUUGGAGAUCUUAUCUGGAGGGGUUCGAUAAGCUUAUCAGAAAUCGGAGAGAGGCCGGGACAAACAGUGCAAACCACAACAAUUUCUCUCUUCAUCGGGGGAUUUUUUUGUCGACCGUUUCUUCUCCGCACACCAUCAGAAGCACCGCACCUCGGCCAUCCCUCGCCUUGAUGUCGCUGUAUUAUGACGCCGUUGGCGUCUUAACAGCCCCCGCAUCUACCGGCGGCUCAUUCAAAUCCCGCCUCUACAACUCACGCACCCUCAAAGCCUCUCCGGCUCAAGUCUACGCGCUCGUCGUAGAGGCUGCGAAAUGGGACAUCCUCCUCAAAGAGGUGAUUGAUAAUGCGGGGAUCCUGAAACUUGAACCCAAGCUCACUCCACUCCUCGCCCUCCUCCUCGUACACGACCACCUCCUCGCGAAGAAUGGCAUCGCCGCGACGGCAACGCACCCCCUCCGUCAAGCCGUUGAAAGACACAAGAUCCGACUAAAGGCUGAAUUCACAAAAGCGCGCGUCCGGCGCAGUUGCGCGACGAUCCCGGAGCUCAAGGAGGCAGUUCGGCGCGAGAAGCUCGCUUCCCAAGGCUCCAGUGCCAGUGCAGUAUACCCACGCUGGGUGCGCAUUAACAAUGUCCGAACGACAAUGGAGGACCAGCUCAAGACGACGUUCGCCUCGUUCCAGACCGUCGACACACUAGACGAGCUCGUGGUUGGCGGCGACGAGAAGCAGAAGCGUAUGCGCGUGGACCCGCAUAUCCCGGAUCUGCUUGCCGUUGCGCCUGGAGUCGAUUUCUCGACGUCGCCGGCGUACAAGAAUGGCGAGAUCAUUUUGCAGGACAAGGCAUCUUGUUUUCCGGCGUAUAUGCUUCUCGGCGAGGACUGGGAGAAGGGUGAUCUGGUAGAUGGGUGUGCGGCACCUGGGAACAAGACGACGCAUAUGGCUUCGCUGUUGUACAAGGCGCGCGCGAAUGCCACAGGGCGGAGGAACGUUUCGUCGAAGAUCAUCUCGAUGGAUGCCUCUGCCGUCCGAGCAAAGACGCUUCAGAAGAUGGUCGCGACGGCUGGCGCCGAUAGACUCGUUACGGUGCUACCGGGUCAGGACUUUCUAGCACUAGACCCUGAGGAUCCUCGCUUCGAGGAUGCGACCGGCCUCCUCCUUGACCCGUCCUGCUCUGGAAGCGGUAUCAUCGGCCGCGACGAUGUCCCGACCCUCAUUCUCCCAGCCGGAAAGUCGGCCCCGACACCCUCGAAGAAAGGAAACCAGAGCAAGAAGCGGAAACGCAACGAGGCCUCCACUGCCACUCCCACUGCAACUCAAAACCAACUCCAAACCCCAACAUCUGUCUCCGCAACAGACGAAAACGACACUCCCAGCACAUCCGAACCAAUGAACACAGAGCGCCUCCUCAAACUCUCAAACCUCCAAACCCGCAUCGUAACGCACGCACUCUCCUUCCCCGCGGCAACCCACAUCUCCUACAGCACGUGCUCGAUCCACAUGAUCGAGAACGAGGCCGUUGUGCGGAGGGUUCUAGAUUCCGAUGUUGCGCGGAGGCGCGGGUGGAGGGUUCUCCGGAGGGAUGAGCAGCCCGCUGGUCUGAGGAACUGGGAGCAUAGGGGGAUUAAGACGGAGGAAGGGAAGGAUGGGGAGCGGCGAGAGGUUGGGUUGAGUGAGGAGGAGUUGCAGGGGUGUUUGAGGUGUUGGCCUGGGGAUGAGGAGGGGACGGGGGGGUUCUUUGUUGUGGGGUUUGUGAGGGAUGGGGAUUGUGAGAUCGAUGGUGAGGAUGAUGCUGUCAAGCGGAGGGGAAAUCCUACAGUUUCUGGUUCUCGAGAAGACGAGGACGAGGAUCAGGAGGAUGAUGAAUGGGAGGGAUUCUCUGAUUAGAACAGGCCGAUAUAGGCAAAUUAGUUGUUGAACUGUGAAUCUCUAUAACUAGAAUGCUUGACAGCUACCAUGACGAACUCCGCACUGGCCCCCGACGUUGACUCAGGACGUAAUGAGAUUCGCCAAUGGCCAUUCCGCACAAUCCAGCAACUGCUAAUAUCAGAUGACUCUGAUCCGGAUCCUAACCCCGGGCUCUCGACACGCCUGCGCUUUGCCUGCGGUUCGUCUGAAGUAGACUCAUGUGUGUAGCCAGUCUGCUGCUCAUCGUCAAUCACUAAAUCCGUCUCCUCGUCUAUUUGCACACGAAUCGAAUGCUCUGUGGUACUGGCUGAUUUCUGGGUCUCACUGUUCUUUUUGUCGAGAAUAACCUGGAGGAGGCUGGCAAUACGCGCCUUUGCAGAGUUAAGAAAUGUCGGUCGCAUUGUUCGAGGGUCUAUGACGGUGUUUUCACCGCCGAUUUCAAGGACGAGGUCAUUAGGUGAAUCAUCGGCGAAAGGACGUGCAUAUGUAACGAUCAAAUCAUUGCUGUUAUCUCCGGACGUUUCGACGCUGACGCCUGACCGACGGACAUCUUCAAGGCGGAGUAUGAUUUCGGAUCGCCGACGAACGGGGUUGAAGCUUAUGUGAUGUGGAAUAAGCUUCUGCUCGAGUCCGCGAAGGUGAAAGUAGCGACAAUCGCGCAAGAGUUCGGCCCGUUGGUUCUCAUUCUCGAUAUGGAGGGGAUAGCCGCGAAGAAGGUGGACGAGUUGCGCAAAGACGUCGCCAGACCUGUUGGGGACACUCGGGGGCACAAUUGCUGGAGGCCGUAGAAGACCGCGCCUGUCAAGGCCGGGAAAGACUUCGGCGGGGGAGGCGAAGAAGGCCCCGAAGCCGAGGGAGAAAAAGUUUGGACAGUCACCAGACCCUGAGAAGAUGUCGCGGGCAAUUUGAAAAUGGCGAUCGCCGAUUUGUAUGACGAUUUGGGACUCGAACAAUUGUGACAUUAAUCGCGGUACUAAUGGAAAUCAGUCAUUUGCAGAAAUUGUUCAGGGUUGCGAACGUACGGCUAUAGAAUUGCGAGUCGGCGAAUAGCUUCACGAAUUCC